AUGGCUAUUCAUUACCUUCGAAUCAAAAACAGGUCUAACCACGCGCAGACCUUCCAAUGUCAUGGAUACAAUGGCAAUAAGGACAUAACGAUCCAGGCCAAUGGGGAAGCCAAUAUAGCAGCCGCUGAUGGCACUUCUGGCGCCAUCAUUGCCGUCCAUGAAGGACAGAUUGGCGAGCAAUGCGAGAUCACCAAGUCCGGGUGGCAGGGAAAUGACACUAUUGACAUCAGCAACAUUUGCGGUGCUGGUGGCAACUUGACCUGCCAACAGGUUGGCGACGCCCCGGGAAAGUUCAAGGGCCAUGAGACUUUCAUGCAGGCAUGUAACAACGCCUACCACAAGCUUUCCCAGGACAAGAAGAACCAGCUCAAAGGGCACGUCUUUCUCGAUGCGAAGGGUAAUGUUAAACGCAUCGCCGCUCCGAAGGACUUCCAACCCCUGGAGCAAUUCGUCAGAACGUUUGCCAACGGUCGAACCUACAUCGGUGUUGGUUCAUGGGCAGGAAACGCAGGUAAUCCCGAAGACAACAAGCAGAGCUCGGCUGGUAAGGGCAGCAAAGAUAUUCUCAUUAUCUACAGCGAUGGUAACGCUGCUCCUGACGCUAAUAAGCCAUUUACUGGCCAGUCAUUUGGCAUCAACUCAUUCUCGGUUUCUUCAACUGAAGGGCCGUCUGAGGUCAGCGCUGAGUCAGCCGAAGAACCAAAGGCCGUUGAUGUGGAGGAGUCAGCUGACACUUUCGGUGUGGAAUCCGUCAAUGCGGCGACUGCACUUGGCCCCGGCAUCCAACUCACCAACAAGUCUUCCAAGAAGAACACUUACUACUUCUUUGAUAACUACUGGAACGGUAACGGUACGGCCGGCGCCAACUUCGAUCACCCGCUGAAGCACGUCGAAGUUGGUCCUAACCAGACCGUUUUCGUGCCGUUGGACGUCAAGUUCAAGGGUCGAGUUCAGCGCGGCGAUCAGCAGCCAGCCACUUGGGGCGAGUUCCAGGUCAAGGCUUCCAACGAUGGAAAGGCUCACGGCGAUAUCUCUCUCCAGCAAGGAUGCGACGGUGCCGCCACCGUCGCCUCGACGGACGGCACCAACGUGUCUAAUGGAUUCACACAGGAUAUUGUCAAGGGUGCACCAGCCGCCGCGUUUGACAAGAAGCCCAACGGCGAGAGAGUCCUGGCGAGCACCGAGGGCAACUGGAAGGGCCCUGGCAACCAGGCCGCUACCGACUGGGAGCACAAGCAAUUGGGCAGCGCCAAGGCCUACAUCAAGGGAGGAACUGGAGUGCCCGACAUUGCCAGCAAAAACAACUGUCUCCACUUCACCUUCUAUGUAGUGUAACGAGAAUAUUCUCUUUUGACAAGUAGGAUGGAGGAACAGGGCAAAUUGUUGAUGCGUUAUCUCUUUGGACUUCCAUUCAUUUCCCCGCACGGGUUUUUAUAUCUACUAAAUAUUAUUUUGAGCUUUGUCAGACAGGUC